AUGAAAACACUAUUAAUUUUAUUGUGUGCUAUAUAUUCGCGGGCGGCAAUUGUAAAAGUGCGUGCAGGGCCAGGAUAUGACUGUGCGUAUUGUCAGCCAGAGCAGCUGCAUAUUUCUUUUGGAUCAAAGACCAACGACAUCGUGGUGACAUGGUCGACGUUCAACGAUACGACCGAGAGUCGAGUGCAGUACGGCGAGGGUGUGAUGGACAAGGAGGCGGUGGGCAACAGCACUCUUUUCACGGACGGCGGCCCACAACGUCGCAGCCAGUGGAUACAUCGCGUGGUCCUGAAGGAUCUAAAGUAUAACACACGUUAUGUAUACCACGCCGGUUCGGAAUACGGCUGGUCAGAGGAAUUCUCGUUUAAGACUCCUCCAGCUGGCGAGGAUUGGGUGGUGCGGGCGGCCAUCUUCGGUGAUAUGGGCAACAAAAAUGCACAUUCUCUGUCCUACUUACAAGAUGAGGCGCAGCGCGGGCACUUCGACGUGAUCCUGCACGUGGGUGACUUCGCGUACGACAUGCACGAUGAUGACGCCCGCGUGGGAGAUCAGUUCAUGCGGCAGCUGCAACCGCUGGCCGCGAUGCUACCAUACAUGGUCUGCCCCGGGAACCAUGAGGAGGCCUACAAUUUCAGCAAUUACCGUGCUCGCUUCUCGAUGCCAGGUCCUCGCGAGAGCCUGUUCUACAGUUUCGACCUUGGCCCCAUUCAUUUCGUCUCAGUCUCCACUGAACUCUACUAUUUCCUGCAGUAUGGUCUCAAAGUGCUGGAUAAUCAGUACCAGUGGUUACAGGAGGACCUCAGUGAGGCCAAUAAGGAAGAGAAUAGGCGCAUACGGCCUUGGAUCGUACUAUACGGCCACAGACCGAUGUACUGUAGCAAUCUGCGCGAUGAUUGCUGGAAUAACUUCUUGCCCAAUCGCGUGGGAUUGCCGCUUUUGGGACUAGGUGAGUACACUCACUCACUCACAACCAUGAGGGCAAAGCGACCAUGGAUAAUUUUAUACGGUCAUAGGCCAAUGUACUGCAGUAAUUCUGACGAUAUCGACUGCAGUUUGGAGUAUACAAGGAAAGGGUUGCCGAUUGUGGGGGUUUACGGUAUGGAGCCUCUAUUGAAACAGUACGGCGUAGAUUUGGUGAUUUGGGCCCAUGAACAUUCAUACGAGCGACUGUGGCCCGUCUAUGACGAGAAGGUUUAUAAUGGCUCAUUGGAACAUCCAUACACAAACCCUGGUGCGCCGGUGCACAUUAUUACCGGUUCAGCCGGCUGCCAGGAAAAAACUGAUCCAUUUAAGCCGAGCCCGCCCGCUUGGUCCGCGUUCAGGUCGAGCGACUACGGGUACACCAGGUUGAAGGCCUACAACACGACUCACAUUUACAUAGAGCAGGUUGAUGUGGACCUUAAAGGCAAAGUCAUCGAUUCAUUCUGGCUUAUCAAGGACCGUCACGAAGCUUUUACGAAUUUAUAA